AUGGCUCAUUCAAAGUCGAGGACGAACGAUGGGAAGAUUACUUAUCCUCCCGGUGUCAAGGAAAUCUCCGACAAAAUUUCCAAAGAGGAGAUGGUGAGACGGCUGAAGAUGGUUGUGAAAACUUUCAUGGACAUGGACCAGGACUCUGAAGAAGAAAAGGAGCUUUAUCUAAACCUUGCCUUACAUCUGGCUUCAGACUUUUUUCUCAAACAUCCUGACAAAGAUGUCCGCUUACUCGUAGCCUGCUGCCUCGCUGAUAUUUUCAGGAUCUAUGCUCCUGAAGCGCCUUACACAUCCCCCGAUAAACUAAAGGACAUAUUUAUGUUUAUAACAAGGCAGUUGAAGGGACUAGAGGAUACAAAGAGUCCACAAUUCAAUAGGUAUUUUUAUUUACUCGAGAACAUUGCUUGGGUCAAGUCGUAUAACAUAUGCUUCGAGUUAGAAGACAGCAAUGAAAUUUUUACCCAGCUUUACAGAACGUUAUUUUCAGUUAUAAACAAUGGCCACAACCAGAAGGUCCACAUGCACAUGGUGGACCUCAUGAGCUCCAUCAUCUGUGAGGGGGACACGGUGUCGCAGGAGCUCCUGGACACGGUGCUGGUCAACCUCGUGCCUGCCCACAAGAAUUUAAACAAGCAAGCGUAUGACUUGGCGAAGGCUUUACUGAAGAGGACUGCGCAAGCUAUUGAACCUUACAUUACCAAUUUUUUUAACCAGGUCCUGAUGCUCGGGAAGACGUCUAUCAGCGACCUGUCAGAGCACGUCUUCGACCUGAUUCUGGAGCUUUACAACAUCGACAGCCAUCUGUUGCUCUCGGUUUUGCCCCAGCUUGAGUUUAAGCUGAAGAGCAAUGACAAUGAGGAACGUCUGCAAGUUGUGAAACUCCUGGCAAAAAUGUUUGGGGCAAAGGACUCGGAACUGGCGUCUCAGAACAAGCCUCUCUGGCAGUGCUACUUGGGCAGGUUUAAUGAUAUCCAUGUUCCAAUUCGCCUGGAAUGUGUGAAGUUUGCCAGCCAUUGCCUCAUGAACCAUCCAGAUUUGGCAAAGGACUUAACAGAGUACCUGAAGGUGCGGUCCCAUGACCCCGAGGAAGCCAUUCGACAUGACGUCAUUGUGUCCAUAGUCACUGCUGCCAAGAAGGAUAUUCUCCUGGUCAACGACCACUUACUCAACUUUGUGAGAGAGAGGACGCUAGACAAACGGUGGCGAGUGCGCAAAGAGGCCAUGAUGGGGCUUGCCCAGAUUUACAAGAAGUACGCCUUGCAGUCAGCCGCUGGGAAAGACGCGGCCAAACAGAUCGCGUGGGUCAAGGACAAGUUACUGCAUAUUUAUUAUCAAAAUAGUAUUGAUGAUCGGCUGCUAGUGGAACGCAUCUUUGCUCAGUACAUGGUUCCUCACAAUCUGGAGACCACGGAGCGGAUGAAGUGCCUGUAUUACCUCUAUGCCACGCUGGAUUUAAAUGCUGUGAAAGCAUUGAAUGAAAUGUGGAAGUGUCAAAAUCUGCUCCGACAUCAAGUAAAGGAUUUGCUUGACUUAAUUAAGCAACCCAAAACAGACGCCAGUGUCAAGGCCAUAUUUUCUAAAGUGAUGGUCAUUACAAGAAAUUUGCCAGAUCCUGGUAAGGCCCAGGACUUCAUGAAGAAAUUCACACAGGUGUUAGAAGACGAUGAGAAAAUAAGAAAACAGCUAGAGGGUCUUGUUAGUCCUACGUGUUCCUGCAAACAGGCUGAAGGCUGUGUGCGUGAAAUAACUAAGAAGCUGGGCAACCCCAAACAGCCCACGAACCCUUUCCUGGAGAUGAUCAAGUUCCUGUUGGAGCGGAUUGCACCUGUGCACAUAGACGCGGAAUCCAUCAGUGCUUUGAUUAAGCAAGUGAACAAAUCCAUUGACGGAACAGCAGACGAUGAAGAUGAGGGAGUGCCGACGGACCAGGCCAUCAGGGCGGGACUUGAGCUACUCAAGGUCCUCUCCUUCACACACCCGAUCUCCUUCCAUUCGGCGGAGACGUUCGAGUCUCUCCUGGCGUGUCUGAAAAUGGACGAUGAGAAAGUCGCAGAAGCCGCAUUACAAAUUUUCAAAAACACGGGCAGCAAAAUUGAAGAGGAUUUCCCACACAUCAGAUCCGCCUUGCUUCCUGUUUUACAUCACAAAUCUAAAAAAGGACCCCCACGGCAAGCCAAGUAUGCCGUCCAUUGUAUCCACGCCAUUUUCUCCAGCAAAGAGACCCAGUUCGCACAGAUAUUUGAGCCUCUGCAUAAGAGUCUCGAUCCAAGCAACCUGGAGCACCUCAUCACGCCACUGGUCACCAUGGGCCACAUCGCUCUCCUCGCCCCUGACCAGUUUGCUGCACCAUUGAAAUCUCUGGUAGCGACUUUCAUCGUGAAAGACCUUCUUAUGAAUGACCGGCUUCCAGGUAAAAAGACAACUAAACUUUGGGUUCCUGAUGAAGAGGUUUCUCCCGAGACAAUGGUCAAAAUCCAGGCGAUCAAGAUGAUGGUGCGCUGGCUGCUGGGGCUGAAGAACAACCAUAGCAAGUCGGGGACGUCGACUUUGAGGCUGCUCACGACCAUCCUGCACAGUGACGGAGACUUGACGGAGCAGGGCAGGAUCAGCAAACCGGACAUGUCCCGUCUGCGACUUGCUGCUGGCAGUGCCAUUGUGAAGCUGGCCCAAGAGCCCUGCUACCAUGAGAUCAUCACGUUGGAGCAGUACCAGCUGUGCGCGUUAGCCAUCAACGACGAGUGCUAUCAAGUCAGACAAGUGUUUGCCCAGAAGCUCCACAAAGGCCUCUCGCGAUUGCGGCUUCCGCUUGAAUACAUGGCUAUCUGCGCGCUCUGUGCCAAAGACCCCGUGAAGGAGCGGCGUGCACAUGCCAGGCAGUGUCUGGUGAAGAACAUCAAUGUCAGGCGCGAGUACCUGAAGCAGCAUGCAGCAGUGAGCGAAAAAUUACUCUCUCUUCUACCAGAGUAUGUGGUGCCAUAUACAAUUCACCUUUUGGCUCAUGACCCAGAUUACGUCAAAGUACAGGAUAUCGAACAACUGAAAGAUGUUAAAGAAUGUCUUUGGUUUGUUCUGGAAAUACUAAUGGCUAAAAACGAAAAUAACAGUCAUGCGUUUAUCCGAAAGAUGGUUGAAAAUAUCAAACAAACAAAAGAUGCCCAAGGACCAGAUGACACAAAGAUGAACGAAAAGCUGUACACAGUCUGUGACAUUGCCAUGAACAUCAUUGUGUCCAAGAGCACCACCUACAGCCUGGAGUCCCCCAAAGAUCCCGUUCUGCCCGCACGCUUCUUCACCCAGCCCGACAAGAACUUCAGUAACACCAAAAAUUACCUGCCUCCAGAAAUGAAAUCGUUCUUCACACCUGGAAAACCCAAAACACCCAACGUUCUUGGAGCUGUGAACAAGCCACUUUCAUCAGCAGGCAAGCAGUCUCAGACCAAGUCAUCACGGAUGGAGACUGUGAGCAAUGCCAGCAGCAGCUCCAACCCCAGCUCUCCUGGCCGAGUCAAAGGACGGCUCGACAGUUCUGAGAUGGACCACAGCGAGAACGAGGACUACACCAUGUCUUCUCCACUGCCGGGCAAGAAAGGCGACAAGAGAGAUGACUCUGAGCUUGGAAGGUCUGAACUGGAGAAGCCGAGAAGCCGGAAGAAGAUGCCUGUCGCCGACACGGAGGAGAAGCUGGGCAUGGAUGACUUGAGCAAACUGGUGCCGGAAGCGAAACCUAAAGGCGGCCAACGGGGCCGCAAGAGGGGCCUGGUGGCCUCUGAGUCGGACGAGCAGCCCUGGCCCGAGGAGAAGAGGCUCAAAGAAGACCUGCUGGAAAAUGAGGACGAGCAAAACAGCCCACCCAAGAAGGGCAAACGCGGACGGCCCCCGAAGCCGCUGGGCGCAGGUCUCCCCAAAGAAGAGCCGACAAUGAAACCUAAGAAAGGCAGCAAAAAAAAAGCAGGGCCCCCUGCCGCAGAGGACGAGGAGGAGGAGGACAGAGCAGGUGGGGGCACCGAGGCCAAGGCUAAGAGCAAGCAGCACCGGUCAGCCAGGAGGGCCCAGCACAGGGCAGAGUCUCCCGAAGCCAGUGCUGCCGAAUCGACCCCAUCCACACCGCAGAAAGCACGGGGUAGACCGUCAAAAACGCCAUCACCAUCACAGGCCCCCAGGAAUGUGCGUGUAGGACGCUCUAAACAAGCAGCGAUGAAAGAGAAUGACUCGAGUGAGGAAGUGGACCUGUUACAGGGGAGCUCUCCUGCCAAUGACGAGCCCACGCAGGAGGAGACCACGGAGGAGGGGGAGGUUUCCACGGUCAAUGUUCGACGAAGAAGCUCCAAAAGGGAGAGGCGAUGA